CGCGCUUUACUCUAAAUACUCCGGUAUAGUUUGUUUCUAUGGUGCGCUGUCGUACACGCAGAACGCACAUCCUCCCGAAAACACUUCAGUAUAGUGUACGGAUCCUUUUUCCGGGGAACAAAAGUGUAUAGAGUUCUCUCUUCUUUCACUCACCACAGCUUCUUGUCUUUUGCCUGGUCUUUCUAAAAUGCGGCUGAUCAAUGUUCUGAGAGCCACCAUUGGCAACGGGAUUUUGGAACCGGUGAAGUGCUCAGAAAACAUGCAACUUGCCAUUAACACUUCGAAUCACAUCACUAUCCUUGAGCCCAAGCUCCCACUUCUUCAUUGUUGCAUUGAGCCCCCAGCUGUUGAGGGCGACCCAUCUACCAUAGACCCCACCGCGUUUUUCGAUGUGCGCUCCACCUUUCACAUCGAAAGUUUGGAGUCCUUGGGGUUCCAGGUAUUCUCGCGGAUCAUCAUUGAGGACAGUGAAAACAUUUUCAACUUCGGCCGCAUAUCUGAGCCUAUGAUUGUCGGACACGCGUGGUCGCCCAUUGAGCUGUGUACUCGAGAUUGUUACUUGGGUGUCUUGCUCAAUACUGGCGAGAUGAUGGUGUUGAAGCGCGACUCCUUAGAUGCCAAUAACUACUCCAUGAAGUAUCGCAGCUUUAGCUGUAUCCUAGAUCAGAUGUCGCUACUGCCAAAUCGACACACGAGUGAGGGCGAUAUCAUCUUGACGGGAGACCAGUUUCUGGAGCUAAAGGUUACUGCCUUCUCGUUCGGCAAAGCCCCGGAUGGAUCCUUGAUUUUGGUUUUGGCCCACGAAUCAAAAGCCAUCACCAUUCAUCACCUCACGGACAAACUACCGCAAGCACAACGAGUCGUAACUGAAGAUUUGGCCGUGAAAUUGAUCUGGUCUUCUACGGGCUCGGAACUAUAUUAUGUUCUCAGAGAUAACUCUGUUUGGGGCUGUAAAUUUGAUGUCAAUCUAAAGCUUCAAACUGGUCCAACUCAAAUAAAACUGGCCUCUCGUUUUCUUGUCUCGCAUAUUCAGUUUCAUGACUCGCGCAAAUUCUUGAUAAUAACAGAUACAGCGGCGCUUUACGUCGGCUCCCUUGAAUUUCCGUGUGUCUCUACCCCACUCCCUUAUAAUUCUAUGCUUGUCAAUCUCUCGACAAUUGACAGUGAUUCUCAUACCACUGUGCUUUUGCCUUUCGAAAGCGGUUGUUUUUCCGUGGCUAAGAUCAAUUUCUCCUCCCGAGACGUUGAAAUGUUUAAGCAAUCAUCGGUAUGGGAGGCCUUUCACCAUCAAACGUUGCACAAAUAUCAAGCUCAGCUACAGAAGGAGCAAAAUAAAGCGCUGUCAAAAGCAUUUCUGCCUUACCUUGUCGAUGCUAUGGAAGGCCAAAUUGCCGUCCACGGCUUUUUACCCUUGCUUUCCAGUGGUUUUGCGGCUGUAGUUUACAGUUUGACACCAAAAAACGUGAUAACCCAUACAAUCAAGUCUCGAAAAGAAUUUAACGUGGGCUUCGUGCCAAUAAAGGGUAUUGCCCCGAUCUACGAUCUUGAGCAUACUCAUGAGGCGUCAGCGCUAUCAUAUUUGAGUUCUGUGAUCAUUUGUGAAAAAGACAAAUUCCCACCCAUCAAUAAAGGUGUUAGAGACGGCAUUGAGGACGCCUCUAAUGAUUAUAUAUCAAAGCUUAGACAAUGGAAAAUGUCUAAAUUCGAGGAACCAAGCAGCAUCAGCCUUUCUGUCACUCCUAAAUCAGAUCUUCGCCAGAGCAUAAUUGAAAAUUUUCGAGAAAACUCGAAAAUUAAUAAGUUGCAAAAACACUACCUUCUCAAUGUAUCGCUCGCAAAAUCCUUGCGGGGAAUUAAGACACAGAAUGGACGGUCAUAUGAUAUAAUCAACCAGGAGCUUGAGGUGAUUGCGGGGGAGCAAGACAUCAUUUCCACAAAGAUUCGAACACAAUUGGCUUCAAUAGUGGUGUUAUGGGCCAGUGCGCAGCUCAUUAAAACACUCGACUCAAGUCUUGAUUCUUUUUUUUUGAGCACGUAUCGCUCAGUUUUGCGUCAAUCAGAUAUGACACCUACGGAGCUUCCCAUACCUGAGCGUGUGAAGCUCACAAUUUCUACGGAUCUUUGUACAGAAAUGUUUGAAACAUCAGAGCAAGAAGUCAUCUCAUCCUUAAAUACGGUGAUGUCGUCAUCAAAACAUAGCUGGCCUCGUUGUGACAUGACCUUGCUUCCUAUCUUAGACUUGAGCAAUAAGAUGGAUGAGCUCGAAAAUCACAAUUAUAUGUCAGCAAGAAGGGAUGAAUCCAACAUCUUGAGUAUCAUGUUUGGAUGUCUCGAUUUUUGUAUCUAUACUGGUACAAGAACCUUCGACAUGAAGGUAGGACUUUAAACUUUAAUGCA